GGCAAUCACAAUAAUUUCACAAAUGAAAAUCUUUUGAGUCCUAAAUUCUCAAAUUCGAACCUAUAUUUUCAGGAAACCUAACCUUUUAUUAGUUUAAGAAGAAAAUUCUGUUACAUUUUCCCAUUUAUUAUUUUUAUUGUGUCAGGACGUAGGUACUUCGUCUUGAUGUAAAACUAACAUGAGCUUAGUAUAAUUACUUUUCUAAAUUAAGUGCUUGGGAUUUAAUUUAAUAAAAUGGAUACACAUAGGAGAUCAUGGAAGCUACAAGAGUUUGUAGCUCACAAAGCAAAUGUCAACUCGUUGGCCAUGGGACACAAGUCAAAUCAAGUUUUGGCUACAGGUGGUGAUGAUAAAAAAGUAAAUUUAUGGGCUAUAGGACGACAAGGAUGCUUAAUGAGUCUCAGUGGGCACACAACUCCUGUGGAGUGUGUUUGUUUUGGACACUCUGAGGAUUUGGUUUGUGCAGGAUCUCAAACUGGUGCUUUAAAGAUUUGGGACCUUGAAGCUGCAAAAUUAUUAAGAACAUUCACAGGUCACAAAGGUGCAAUAAAAUGUAUGGAUUUUCAUCCAUAUGGAGAUUAUCUGACUACAGGCUCGUGUGACAGCAACAUCAAACUUUGGGACACAAGAAAAAGAGGUUGCAUUGUAACUUAUUCAAGUCACCGUUUGGCGGUUAACAGUCUACAGUUUAGUCCUGAUGGCCAAUGGAUUGCUUCAGCUUGUGAGGAUGGUAUUGUAAAAGUGUGGGAUGUUAGAAUCGGAAAGGUAUUACAUGAGUUUAUGGAGCACACAUCUGCAGUGACAUGUGUAAAGUUCCACCCUCAUGAAUUCUUGCUGGCCAGUUGCGGUGCCGACCGAACUGUUAACUUCUGGGAUAUGGAAAAGUUCCAAUUGGUUUCCAAAUUUGAAAAAGACAACACAUCAAUAAGGAAUAUGGCAUUUAGUGAAGAUGGUGGGACAUUACUAGGUUGUGGGAAUGAUGGGCUGCAUGUGAUAGGUUGGGAACCAGCCAGGGUUCUGGACACAGUGCCCGGACAUUGGGGACAAAUCUAUGAUAUGACAGUUGCUCAAACUCAACUUAUAGCUGGCUCAUUCCAUUCAACCUAUGUUGUCCUAUCAGUUGUUGAUCUCAAUAAAGUACACCCGUUUGGAGGACCACCACCACCGGAGACAACAGUAGCACCUGAACGUUCACCAUUUCAAAAAGGACAUUCAGUGCGGAAAAGUUUUUCCAAAGAAAAACCACCUAAGGAGGUUAUACAUCGAUCUACAAUUCUUGAUGAGAAGACUGCAGAAGAGUCUACGUCUGGCACAGAAGCUGACGAGGAAUCAGGUGCUCUCAUACCUAAUAUUAAUGACUACACUGAAAUAUUCCGACCUUCUAGAGCUUUAACACGGACUCCUCCUCCAGCUACGAGUUUAUCGUCAGAAGAUUAUUCUUUAACAGAGCCGACUACGAAACUCGAGACGACAGUGAGCACCUCACUGCGAGACCUGAUGCUGGACGAGCCGCCCCCCCGCCCGCCGCCGCAGCCCUCACCCCCACAGCGCUACAGAGCUGACAAUUACUCCAGAAUACCCACCUCCAAGGAACAUUAUAGUGCUGUGGAAAAGAAGACAGAAGUAUUCACAAGAAAUAUUGGGAGUAACAAAGAGGAGUGCGUAUUCUCCUCGCCUCAGACAUCCAACGCUAACCAGUUCUCAUCCAAUACGACAUUAAACCGACACAACUCAUACAAAGAAACAAAAUCAACGACCGAUAUUGCUCCUAACAGCCUCCGUCCAAGUAACAGCGACAUAUCGCUGGGCCCACCUACGCUAGGACCAAGAUCACUGUCCUUUACUAGACCACCUACACAAAACCCCAGAGUACGCAUGGAGAGCGUCAGCCGGGAGGACGUGUCGGCGCCGGCGGACAGCGCGCCGGAGCCCGAGUUUGUGCCCUACACCAUCGACCGCCCCGUCGGCCUCGACCUUGAGGAGUUCCUGCCCCGCGGCGCGGGACGUCUGGGGGCGGGGCGCGGCGCGCGGGGUGGGGGCGCGGCGCCGAGCGAGCAGGAGGUGUUGGGCGUCAUGAUGCGAGGACACGACUCCAUGAUGGCCGUGCUCGCCGCCAGGCAGCGCGCGCUGCAGAUUUUCCACUCAGUCAGAAUAAACAAGAGCUUAAAAUCUGCAUUAGAAUCUGUGAUAGCUUUGGAAGAUGCUUCAAUCAUCUUAGAUAUACUCAAUGUUAUGGCACAUAAACCAUCACUAUGGAACUUGGACAUAUGCUUACUUAUGUUGCCCAAAAUAUAUGAAUUAUUGCAGAGUAAAUAUGAAACGUACAUGCAAUGUGGAUGUAAUGCUUUAAGACUAAUAGUUAGAAAUUUCUCAUCAGUAGUUCGUGCAAAUGUUAGUGCACCUGUAAGGACAUUAGGUGUGGACAUUCCACGAGAGGAGCGAUAUGCAAAAUGUUUGCAGAUACAUCGUCUCCUUCUAGACAUACGAGCAUUCCUACUCAAAAGACAGACCCUUCAGGGCCGCCUUGGGGCUGCAUUUAGAGACCUUCACACGCUCAUGCAGCAAGGGCUAGACUGACGAAAUCACCCUGGUGGCUCCAUGCAGCUAUAUUACUAUUAAAGUUGUGUAUUCUCAAGUAGCAUAAACACUUUAAUAUUUUGUACUUAAUCACGUAAUUUAACACUUAAAACAUUUUUGUACAAACGAACAGCAGACACUUUCGCCAUAUACAAAUUAGGAGUAAUAUUAUUAUUUUGAAAGGACUAACUGUUAUAUUUAAGGAAAAUUUAUUUGUAAUGUAGAAACCUUGUGAAUUCUUAUAUAAAUCAAAGAUAAUCUCUACUUAAUUUAAUUAUUUG